CUAAGCUCCAAACGAAUAAUCAAAAUUAGAAAAUUACAAUGUCUUGUUCAAGAAUUGCCUCCUUUGUUUAUCUUCUAACCCUCGCUUCUCUUCUCCAAACAGCUUUUGGACUCUUCCAUAAUUGUUCCGACACCGGAAGUUUCUCCGCUGGCGGUCCUUAUGAAGCCAACUUAAAUCAGCUCAUUGAGUUCCUCUCCAGUCAAACUCCUCCAUCAGGGUUCGGGCGUCGUGCCAUAGGUCAAAACCCAAACCGAGUAUUUGGGCUGGCACUUUGCAGAGGCGAUGUGAGUAGCGAAGAUUGUAAAACCUGCGUUGUUAGGGCAGGCAAUGAAAUACGUAAACAAUGCCCCUACAAGAAAGGCGCAAUCACCUGGUAUGAUGAUUGCCUUGUCAAGUAUUCAAACAUUGGAUUCUUCGGCCAGAUUGAUAACCAAAACAAGUUCAACGUGUGGAACCCGAAUAAGGCAUCCGAGGCAUUUAGUCGGCAGAGCGAGGGAUUUCUGAGUCUAUUGGCUAAUGAAGCUUCUGCAAAUCCCACAUCAUUUUACGCCAGUGGAGAGAUUCUGGUGCACAGGUCAAUGAAAAUUUAUGGGAUGACUCAGUGCACCAGGGACCUUUCAAUCUCUGACUGUAAGAAGUGCCUUGACGGUUUAAUCGACGAGUUUCCCAAAUGCUGUAAUCAGUUAGAAGGAGCUAGAGUAUUUAGUGGCAGCUGUAACUUCAGAUAUGAAAAUUUCCCUUUCGUUAAGGCUUAAACCUUUGAGGGCAAAAAAUAGAAAAACUACACCAUGAAUAAAUAAACUACACAAAUAAAUAUUAUUAGCACCGGAAUACAAAUAAAGUUGGUACGAUUUCCACUCUUA